UUAGUCGUAUGUUCGAUUUCCGGGUUCAAGAAAAAGCCAAAGGCGCAGGAACACGUCAGUGUUAUUUUCUAAUCAUUAUCUUAACAUUCCAGCUGGGAAUUCUCCAACAGGGGGCAGCCAAAGACACAGGACAAGACAAAACCAUGGCAACACAACAACAACAAGAUCCAUCCACGGACUUCUCCAUUCUGGCUGGAAUAAACAAUGAAUUUGCAACAGACAUUUAUCAGCUGCUUUCUAAGGGUGCUCCCAGCAAUGCAAAUAUCUUUAUAUCACCUUUCAGCAUCCUUAGCGCCAUGGCGAUGACUUAUGCUGGCAGUCGUAAUGAGACCAAAUUCCAAAUGGACAGAGUCUUACGCUUUGGCAAAUACAGUGGGGAAGAUCUUCACGCCUCCUUUCAAACCCUAAAUUCAGUGUUGUUUGGAAAGAAAGAUAAUUAUACCUUAGAGUGUGCCAACAAGCUGUAUGCCCGGAAAGGAUAUAAUUUCCUGCAGGACUAUCUGGCACUGACGAGAUCUUUCUAUGGGGCUGAACUAGAAGAGAAGGAUUUUGCUACUAAACCAGAAGAGGCACGUCUCGAAAUCAACCAGUGGGUGGAAGAGCAGACAGCUGAGAAAAUAAAAAACCUGCUACCAGAGGGCGCUAUAAAUUCUUUGGUUGCCAUGGUGCUUGUCAAUGCAGUUUAUUUCAAGGGAAACUGGGCCAGUCAAUUUGAUCCAAAGCAAACUCAGAAAGCACCAUUCCAGCUGACCUCAACAAAUAAGAUACAAGUUGACGUGAUGUACCAAAAAAGUAAAUUUCCACUUGGAUAUAGCGAGGAACUAGAGUGUCAAAUCCUAGAGAUUCCAUAUGUCGGAAAGGACUUGAGCAUGCUGAUUUAUCUCCCAGACAAGAUCGAUGGUCUGAAAGACUUGGAAUCCAAGAUGACUUCGAGCCUGCUAGAGACCACCACCAGAGAUCUCUUUCCAGAAACGGUAAUGGUAAAAUUGCCCAAGUUUAAGCUCACAGAAGAGUAUCGCCUCCAUGAAAAGCUGUCCCAGAUGGGAAUGCCAGAUUUGUUCACAGAAGGCGUGGCUGAUUUAUCUGGAAUGGAUGGUACCAGAAUGUUGUUUUUAUCCCAGGUGCAUCAUAAGGCUUUCAUUGAUGUCAACGAGGAAGGAACAGAGGCGGCGGCAGCAACAGCAGCAGUAGUCAUGUUGCGAAGUGCAAGGCCAAGGAACAUAACCUUUGUUGCUGAUCACCCAUUUUUGUUUUUCAUCCGUGAUAAUAAAUCGGGCGCUGUGUUGUUUAUGGGCAGGUUACAGAUGCCUGCUGGUCCUGCAGUGAAGGAUGAACUGUAGCAAGGUCACUUAUUACCUGCUGAACUUUGGUUUUGCAUCUACCUGUAACUCUGAUGACAAAAUGAGAUUCAAAACACUGGACCUGAACACUUACAUUUUUUGCUGAUUGUAAAUUUUUGAGAGAUAUUUAUUGGUUGAUUGCCGGAUGGAUUCAUUCUUUCAUUUGAUUGUUUAUUUCAUUGUUAUUGUUACAAUUAAUAAUACCAGUGAUUAAAUGUUGUGAAAGAUUAUAUUAAAAAAGGUACUAUUAUCAAUGGCAAUACGUACUUGUGUACCAGAUAGCAUACUUCUGGGUAGUAUUUUAUUUUAUUUCAUUUUAUUUGAUAGAUUGAAGAUCUAAUUUUUGCCAGUGACUGUAAUCAAGUGAUUUUUGCUUUAUUAUUUUCUGUUUACCUUGGGCCAGAUAAUACAGUUAUUUCAGGACUUUAAUACUGUACUCUGGUAUUGUAUUAUAUGUUAUGUGCUGGUUCACUGCAUAUUGAAUUGAAUCACUUUUUUUUCUGAAAAAUGAUAUAUAUACUAGUAGAUGUAGGUUGACUUAAUGAAAAAAAAUCAGUUUUAGAGACAAAUCAUCUUUGCCUAGUGUAUUCAGAUUUUUAGAUUUAAUUAAUAUACACUGUUAAAUACGGAUUCAUAUUUAUUCAGACUUUUGAGAACACAAUGCAUUAUUACAAACUUUGAAAGCGAGUUUUAAGCUUGGAAAUAGGACUUAAGUGAUAAAAAAGAUCUUGUGAUUCUGUUAAUGAUAAGAUUCUUUUACCAAAUAUUUGAUGUUUCAUUUUAAAUUCAUACCCUGAUGUACAU